AAGAGGCGGUCAGUGGCGCCGCCCGUCUACGAGACCCGACAGUUGGACAAACACUUUCAUACAGUGGUGUCGAUCGACGGCCGCCGCUAUUCCAGCGCUUAUCUCGAGAAGAAUAAGCGAUACGCCGAACAGACGGCCGCUUUGGUCGCCCUCUUGUCACUGAAACUGAUCCACAACUCCAAUGAGAUCGACGAGAGUGUUGUGGCCGCCGAUGAUAUGUAUAGGAUAUCUGUUGCCAUCGAUUCUCACAUGUCUUCGGCAAUGAUUGAUCCAACACUUCGACAACUGAUCGCCGAUUGCCAUCACUUUGAGGCCAUUAAGUUCGGCGACUUUGUGCUCAAGACUGGCAUUCAUUCACCCAUUUAUCUGGAUAUACGACCGAUGGUUAGCACACCUAAACCAUUGAAACGAUUAAGUGAAUUGGUGUAUGAGAAGAUCAUAUCAAUGAACAUCACUCACGACCUGAUCUGUGGCGUCCCCUACUCUGCCCUAUCCAUUGCAUCGUAUAUUUCUUUCCAAAAUGACGUAAUUAUGAUAACAAAGCGAAAGGAAAACAAAGACUACGGAACUAAACAAUCGAUUGAAGGCCAGUAUAAACCGGGAGAUCGUGUGGUGAUAGUCGAAGACAUUAUAUCCAGCGGUUCCAGUAUUUUGGAGACUGUUAUUGCUUUAAGAAGUGCGGGUCUGGUAGUGACCGAUGCGGUCGUAUUCAUUGAUAGGCAACAAAAUGGUGUCAAUAAUAUGAAAGAGUAUGGCAUUGAUGUCCACAGUUUAAUUGAUGUGAAGACAGCUCUAAAUGUGUUUGAAGAAGAGCAGCGUAUUAAUGGCCACCAAAAGUCGGGUAUCAUUGAAUGGAUUGACGCAAAUCCGUUAGGGAUUAACGACGAUAUCGUAAACGAAUGGAAACUCUUAUGUCUUCAGAAUAAGACAUCAAAACUGUUGUCAUAUGAAGAAAGAUCUCAAUUACCAGAAGUGCAUCCAUUAUCUCAAAAGUUGUUCAAACUUAUGGCGCAAAAGAAAAGUAAUCUAUGCGUUGCCGUCGAUCUGACCGCCAGUAAAGAGAUCUUAGAUUUGGUCAAAAGGAUUGGUCCGUCGAUUGUAAUGCUUAAGCUUCACAUCGAUAUCGUUAAAGACUUUGAUCACAAGUUUAUUGAAGAGUUGACGGCAUUGGCGGCCGAACACGAGUUCUUCAUAUUUGAGGACCGAAAGUUUGCAGAUAUCGGGCAAACAGUUGGUCUACAGUUUACAGAAGGUGUCCAUCGGAUCAGUAGUUGGGCUCAUAUAGUGAACGCUCACUUGGUUUCGGGUCCCGGAGUUCUGGAGGGACUCCGACAGGGAUUUGAAAAGGACAGUAAUCGGGGCUGUUUUUUGAUUGCUUCCAUGAGCUCUAAGGAUAACCCAAUGAACAGCACGUUCUCGAAAACCGCCUAUAAGUGGUCCCAAAAGUACAGCGAUUUUGUUAUUGGGUUCAUCAGUCAGUCCCGAGUGUCGGCUGACCAGCGAUUCAUUCACAUGACUCCCGGCGUUCACAUCGAUGUGUCGGGCGAUCCGUUGGGUCAGCAAUACGUCACUCCGGAGGAAGCGAUUAAGAAGAGGGGCGCAGAUGUGGUGAUUGUGGGCCGAGGCAUCACCGGUGCCUCCGAUCGCGAGUUUGACCACACGUUACAACUCUAUCGGAAGCGAGCGUUUGAAGCCCAAGAGAUGUCUUCGGCAACAAUUGAUCCCUCACUUCGACAACUGAUCGCCGAUUGCCAUCACUUUGAGGCCAUUAAGUUCGGCGACUUUGUGCUCAAGACUGGCAUUCAUUCACCCAUUUAUCUGGAUAUACGACCGAUGGUUAACAGACCUAAACCACUGAAACAAUUAAGUGAAUUGAUGUAUAAGAAGAUCAUAUCAAUGAACAUCACUCACGACCUGAUCUGUGGCGUCCCCUACUCUGCCCUAUCCAUCGCAUCGAGUAUUUGUGUCCAAAAGUUUGUUAAUAUGAUAACAAAGCGAAAGGAAAACAAAGAUUACGGAACUAAACAAUUGAUUGAAGGCCAGUAUAAACCGGGAGAUCAUGUGGUGAUAGUCGAAGACAUUAUAUCCAGCGGUUCCAGUAUUUUGGAGACUGUUAUUGCCUUAAGAAGUGCGGGUCUGGUAGUGACCGAUGCGGUCGUAUUCAUUGAUAGGCAACAAAAUGGUGUCAAUAAUAUGAAAGAGUAUGGCAUUGAUGUCCACAGUUUAAUUGACGUGAAGACAGCUCUGGAUGUCUUAGAAGAGGAGAAACGGAUUAAUGGUCACCAAAAGUCGGGUAUCAUUGAAUGGAUUGACGCAAAUCCGUUGCGGAUUAACGACGAUAUCGUAAACGAAUGGAAACUCUUAUGUCUUCAGAAUAAGACAUCAAAACUAUUGUCAUAUGAAGAGAGAUCUCAAUUACCAGAAACACAUCCAUUAUCUCAACAGUUGUUUAGUCUUAUGGCGCGAAAGAAAAGUAAUCUAUGCGUUGCCGUCGAUCUGACCGCCAGUAAAGAGAUCCUAGAGUUGGCCAAAAGGAUUGGUCCGUCAAUUGUUAUGCUUAAACUUCACAUCGAUAUCGUCGAAGACUUUGACCACAAGUUUAUUGAAAAGUUGACGGCAUUGGCGGCCGAACACGAGUUCUUCAUAUUCGAGGACCGAAAGUUUGCAGAUAUCGGGCAAACAGUUGGACUACAGUUUACGAAAGGUGUCCAUCGGAUCAGUAGUUGGGCUCAUAUAGUGAACGCUCACUUGGUUUCGGGUCCCGGAGUUCUGGAGGGACUCCGACAGGGAUUUGAAAAGGACAGUAAUCGGGGCUGUCUUUUGGUGGCCUCAAUGAGCUCUAAGGAUAAUCUAAUGAACAGCGCGUUCCCAAAGGCCGCCUACAAGUGGUCCCAAAAAUACAAACACUUUGUUAUUGGGUUCAUCUGUCAGUCCCGAGUGUCGGCCGACCAGCGAUUCAUUCACAUGACUCCCGGCGUUCACAUCGAUGUGUCGGGCGAUCCGUUGGGUCAACAAUACGUCACUCCCGAGGAAGCGAUUAAGAAGAGGGGCGCAGAUGUGGUGAUUGUGGGCCGAGGCAUCACCGGUGCCUCCGAUCGCGAGUUUGACCACACGUUACAACUCUAUCAGAAGCGGUCGUUUGAAGCCUAUCUCAACCGAGACUCCGAUUAAUGAUAAGCUCAAGAGUUUUGAUGGCAUUGUCUUAAGUUUUGUGAAACAAGUUUUCAAAGCGAACGUUAUUUUUGUAUUAUUUUGUCACACAAUAUGUGAAUGAGUUUUGUAUUUGUUUUGAAUAAACAUUUUUAGUCUGAA